AUGUCGGUGCCGUACGCCAUUCGGCUGGCCAUCGAGGCAUGCAGGCCUGUGGGGAUAAGAGCAACAGCAAGCUCGCGAUUACGACCACGGCCACCCGUACAUCUACGACCAUUCAGUCACGACAGAUGCUUGCGCAAGGACGACGACAGACUAUCACACAUCACCGAAGAGUUCCCCCUACCCAAGGCUGAGCCAUUCGAAGGUGAACAAGCUCCAGAAGAUCUCUCUGAUGCGCCAGCCGCUGCUAUACCUGGCGGCGAUGCAGAGGCUGCGGCAGACACCGAAGCCAUGGCAGCUGGCACACAGCCCGUUGAGGCAGCAGCGCCACCGCCUCCAAGAGACCCGACGCCUCACACAACCACAGCGCCUGUGACAUCGGCUUCUCCGUCGACAGAGCCAUCGCUUUCCAAGAACAAGAAGAAGAAGAUGAAGAGGGAGAAGAGGGAGAAGACAUCGACUUCGACACCUUCAGAGCAAUCAGCACCUUCAGAGCAAUUAUCGCCUUCGGAGCGUUCAUCACCUCCGGAGCAAUCAUCUCCGUCAGAGCAAUCAUCUCCCGAAGAGAAGAAACCGAAACACCUCUUCCCGCCCAACGUCCUCGCCACGCACCUGGCCCCAAUGCGCCACCAGCCGACGUACGGCAUCCCGGUCGGCUCCCUCCAACUCCGCAGCUACUCCGUCCGCAACCUCGAGUUCUUCGCCGACUUCUGUAUGCGCGCCGCCUUCUACCUCAAAAUGCCUGCCCGUGGCCCCGUUCCCCUCCCCCGUCGCACCGAGCGCUGGACCAUGAUCCGCAGCAACUUCAUUCACAAAAAGUCUCAAGAAAACUUUGAACGAAUCACAUACAAACGCCUCAUCACCGUCCUCGACGCAGACAAGUCCGCCGUCGAGACCUGGCUUGCGUUUGUGCGCAAAUGGCAGUUCUACGGCGUGGGCAUGAAAGCCAACGUCUGGUCGUUCGAGUCCGUUGACGUCGCGAAGGAGAUGGACGCCACAUACGAGAAGUCCAUCGCUGAACCACUCAACAAACAACUAGAGCAGUUUGGCUGGAAUGAGGAGAUGAGCAAGUUGAGUUCAGUGGAAACAUUGCUGAAGUACGGGGACAAGAUGAAGAACACGAUUGGUACGCCGAUGAUGGAUGUGGGCGAUCGGUACCAGAGUGGCAAUUAUAGGGAGAAGUUCUUGGGAGUGGUGGAUGUGGAUGAGAAGAGUCCGUUGAGGGUGGGCUAUAAGGAGAGGAUGGCGCAGGCUGGACGGUGA